AUGAAUGUUUCUCUGGAGAAGUCUGCGUCAGAGCCGGAUUUGCAAGUGACUCCGACAAACUUUGUAGUAAGUCGUAAGAAGCGAGCCAGAGAGGAUGAACCUAUAACUCUGACAGAUUUUGCAACAUUUAAGGACGAAAUGAUAAAGACGAUGUCGGCCCUGUUUGCUAACUCUGAUGCUAAAAUUAACCAAAUGUUAGCAAACCUAAAGGAAGUCCAAGAGACAAAUAAGGGAAUCUUAGAGUCUGUCUCCUUCCUCUCAGAGCAAAACAAAGAAUUGCAAGACAAUGAAACUAAAGAUGACUUACUAAAUAUGGUUGUCAACUUAUCUUCAACUGUGGGAUGCGACUUAACCAAGAGGGAUGUGACAGACAUAUAUAGAGUUCGUGGCAAGAAAGGUGGCCCAAAGAAUACGCCCAUUGUGGUUGAAACUUCGUCAACUUUUGUUAAAGCGGAACUGAUCAAGAAGUAUAAGAACUACAAGAAGCUUGGCCCUCAAAGUGUUAGAACUGUGAUUCGCAGAGCUAGAAAUGCAGCGGCCGGCAAGAUGUGUAAUCUCAUUGAGAAAUGUGUUGAGGCGAAUGGGGUUGCCGACUGGUACGCUUUGCUUACAUUUGCUUAUUCGGCUUUUAGGGUACCAGAUAAUACUGCUCCAGGAAACCUUACGACCAAAGUCAAGCAACAUGUAGCCACAAUAGGUGAUUUAAGUCUCAACACUAGUAUUGGACAGUCGUCACUCAAAUCACCGUCAGUGUAUAGAACAAUUGAGACCAAAGUUUUUGAGGGUGAUUUGAGAGGUGCCGUCCGCGUGUUAAUGUCCGAGGACACAAUGGCAACUCCUGGUCCUGACACCCUCGCAUCGUUGCAGACAAAGCACCCAUCGCCAUCCCGCCCGCUCGCCCUUCCUCCUGCACCGGGGGCAUCCACAGCCGCUUUAACUGUUAAUGUGGAAGAUGUGGUGCAUGCUCUCAGUACAUUCUAUACUGGUUCAGCGGCAGGACUGGAUGGUUUACGUCCAGCUCACUUAAAAGAGCUGACGUCAAAGUCUGCGGGUGAUAAUGGACGGCGGUUGCUGGAGAGCCUUACUAAAAUGUCCAAUUUCUUGUUAGGCGGAAACCUCCUGCCUGAGGUGUGCCCCUACUUGUACGGUGCAUCGCUGUGUGCGUUGUCAAAGAAGGACGGUGGCGUGAGACCCAUUGCUGUUGGGAGCACGUUGCGUCGUUUGGUAGCAAAGUUAGGAUGCCGUGCGGUGAAAAAGGAUAUGGCAUUGUAUCUCCAGCCACAUCAGCUCGGUUUUGGCACUCAGUUGGGAUGUGAGGCGGCUAUUCACGCGACACGCACAUUCGCAAUGGACCCAGCCAAUGAAAGUUGCGUUAUUGUUAAGCUGGAUGUGCGAAACGCAUUCAAUACCAUAGAAAGAGACGUACUUUUGGGCGAAGUGCGCGAGCAGAUUCCUUCCUUAUAUCCUUUUCUUUUUCAAGUUUACCAAUCUCCUUCUAAUCUGUUUUAUGAUGGAUCUCUUAUUCUUUCCCAGGUGGGAGCCCAGCAGGGGGACCCACUUGGGCCGCUCGCUUUCAGUCUAGCGAUCCACAAAGUUAUUUCGGAGUUAGAGUCACCGUUAAAUAUAUGGUACUUGGAUGACGGCACCGUAGGAGGAAAUCCCGAAGUAGUGGAGCGGGACCUUAGUAAACUCUUGCCGCGGUUUGCGGAGGUGGGGCUGGAAGUGAGCGCGUCCAAAUGGUGAACAUCCCCUUUGCGGAAGACGCUUUGUCGGUUUGGACGACUUCCAAUCCGUCUGUGCCUGUUCCGGCUCAUCCAUGCAGGCAGAGAGCUUGGGAUGAUGUCGGAGCUCGGCAUGUUUUGCAGGAGCUGGUAAGUGACUGUGUGGGGGAGGAUGCAGCCAGG